CAUAGUCUUUCGUUAACUGAUUCAACGCGUUAACUCUCUUAAGAAAACACUGAGCUUACGGAAAAAUGAAAAGACCUAUUCAAAACGGGCCCAAUGGUUCCACCUUACCAGUUGAAGAAACCGAAAUAAGUCUGGAAUCGAAAGGAUCCUAUUACGGAUGGAAGCGAAAAGCGGAAUCGAAAGUCAAAGGAGCUUGCACCGUCGACCUACUACGAAGACGAUUCCCGAUCACCAAGUGGUUACCCAACUACAAUUGGGACUUUGCCAUCUAUGAUUUCAUUGCAGGAAUUACCGUGGGCCUUACCACUAUCCCACAAGGAAUCGCAUAUGCGGCUGUCGCUGGAUUACCCUUACAGUACGGGCUGUAUUCAGCUUUUAUGGGUUUAUUCGUCUAUGUGAUCCUGGGUACUGUCAAACAAUGUUCCGUCGGCCCAACAGCCGUUAUGUCUUUGAUGACGUUCUCAUACGCCAGUGCAGGAGGACCUGCGUAUGCAAUUCUAUUGGCUUUUCUAGGAGGUUGGCUCGAACUUAUUGCAGGGCUGUUGAAUCUAGGAUUCAUGGUGGAAUUCAUUUCGGCUCCAGUUAUUUCUGGAUUUUGUUCGGCUGCUGCUCUAACUGUUUCCUCGACACAAGUGAAAGGCUUGUUUGGUUUGAAGUUCAAAGGAUCUUCAUUCGUCGAAACUUGGAAAGGAUUUUUCACUAACAUAACGAAAUGCAGUCCAUGGGAUUCUGCUCUAGGUUGUUCCAUGAUAGUUAUUCUUCUCUUGAUGCGGAAAUUAACUUCUUUAAAGAAUCUUGGGCCGUUGAAGAAAGUUGCUUUUCUCCGCUAUCGGGCGAUUGACAGCAGUUUGUGGUUCAUUGCAACGAGCCGUAAUGCAAUCGCAGUCAUUGCUGGCUGUUUAGCUGCCUACCUCUUGGAACAAAACGGUUCCAAACCAUUCACUCUGACAGGUGACAUUCAAUCGGGACUGCCCCCAUUUGGUUUACCUGCUUUCACGGUUAAUCGCACGGUGGGUAACACGACAGUUGUUUUGGGAUUUUCCGAUAUUUGUUUGGAACUUGGAGCUGCCAUUGGUCUCAUUCCGCUCAUCGCAAUUUUAGAACAAGUUGCCAUCGCCAAGGCUUUUGCCAGUGGCAAGAGGACGGACGCUACACAAGAAAUGAUAGCGUUGGGUGUUGGAACGAUCCUCGGCUCUUUCUUCGGUGCCAUGCCCGUCACCGCUUCAUUUGGACGGAGUUCAGUACAAGCCGCAAGUGGAGCCAAGACACCCCUAACCAAUAUUUAUGGAGGCGUCCUGACUUUGCUGGCUUUGGGAUUUUUAAUGCCAUCGUUGGCAUACAUCCCGAAAGCCAUUCUUGCAUCUGUCAUCAUCACGUCCGUCAUCUUUAUGGUGGAACUAGAAGAAUUGAAACCGAUGUGGAAGAGCAGAAGGGUUGAGUUAUUGCCUUUCGGGGUCACGUUCCUUUGCUGUCUCUUUAUCAACAUGGAAUACGGCAUCCUUAUUGGAGCUGGCGUCCAUUUGCUCUUGUUAGCUUACAUGGGGAAUCGCCCUCACCCUAAAUUGAUCCGACUGCCCGGAAACGAAGUCACCGAGGAAAGAGUUAUUGUCAAAGCCGAUUGUAAUUUGUAUUUCCCGGGAGUGGAGAAAUUCCGGCGGACCCUCAAUGAAGCCACUGAAGUCGAUGCUGAAGGGCGCAGUCCUUGCCUGAUGGUCGAUCUCUCCAAUUUAACAGAAAUUGACUACAGCGCCCUAAAGAUGCUCAAGUCCGUGGCAGCUGAAUGCCACAAAAAAGGACAAACGGUACUACAUUUCGUCAAUGCCACUCCCAAGGUUGCUAAAUCUAUUGUUUGCACGCUACCUUCUGCUGACAUAGCAUUUCUACCCAAGGUGGAAAAGGAUGAUGCCACGGACGAUAUCCACAUGCAAGAAAUCACGCCUUAGAGCGCUUGUGUUUAGCCAACAAGUUUGAUUUACAUGAUGAAUAGCGCUUUACUCUGCUACAAAUAAUACCUUCGUGUAAGGCGAACAAAAAUAAUUCCUCAGGCGGGGGGGCUAGUUCCUUAGCAAAACAAAAUUACAAUGCCUCCCAGUGAAACAUUUGCCUGAAUCACUAUUGAACUGUUUGUAUAUAGUUAAUGCUGUUAAACGGCUUGGGCUUAAAGCGAUGAAUUUAGGUAAGUCUCUGCUCUGAAAAUUUAAUCUUUUGUUUUUCUGUUUUCGUGUUUGCAUCAUCUUUAGAAGCCUAGAGCUCACGUGAAAGUAAUCUACGUUUUCCUCGUCAUUUCGUAAUAUUCUCAACAGUUAGAAAUUGUAUAUGCACAUGGAUAUUUGUAGCUUUCAGCUGUUUUCUCAUAUUAGGUCAAUAUAUAAAGCCA